CUUGCCAUCUCCCACGACGGACGUAACUCGUGGUAGCGGCAAGCGACACAAAUUUCUCUCCCUCGCCUUUCUCCAUCUCCCACCAGCGAUACUCAGGAUGGACUUUAAGAGCGAGAUGACUGACAGCGACGGCGAGAUUGCCCAGACGCCACUGGAACUCCAGAUGGCGAUGGGCGAGGCCCUCGAGCACCAGUAUGAAGCUGAGGAGCUUCACAAGAUAGAUGGUGUCCAUCCCUCGCCCACGCCUGGUGCGCUUACCUUGUACCGGAUGCGCCACCCGAAGGCGAAACAAGGCGCCAGGUCGACCGAUGUUCGCAUCGAGCUCACGCGCCAGGAGCGCCUCGAUCUCUGCGCUACCAUCUUUGAAGAGGGCAAGCGAUACCACCAUGACACCUUCUCCGCUCGCGACGUGGACCCCCUCCCCCUCGGUCGCAGCCCCGCGUACAUCAGCCCGUCUACCAAGUUCCGCAUGCUGGAGGCGAUCUCGUCCGCGGAAACGCAUCUCAGGCUUGUCGACUCCUACAACUUCACCGGGCUGCCCUCCCACCUCGCCAUCUACCUUGCGCAGCACCGCCAGGCGGUCGAAGCGUACAUCGACCGCCGCCGACACCACUUGGCGCCUAUCCGCGCGCUCCCCGUCGAGAUCCUCCUGCAGAUAUUCACCCUCGCACGCGCGACCCUCGGUACCCGCAAUGCUAGCCUCAUCAAUGAUACCUCCCAAGCGCUACCCUUCGCCCGCGUCUGCCGCCACUGGCGCGACGUCUGUCUACACAAUGGCAGCCUCUGGUCCUCUAUCGACCUGCACGUCCCCGAUCUUGUCAAAGGGAUGACAUUCGGGAACGAGCGGGUAGACAGGAUGCAUUCUAUGGCCCGCCGGCAGGAUGGCCUGUUCAACGUCAUUCACGAGGACGUGCACUUGAAGCCCGGGGUCGAGGAUCAGCGUGGCUGGGCCACAAUAUACCGCGCUGAACUCCUUCUGGGAAUUCACCUCUGUUACUCCGGUUCUUCACCGCUUACGAUCCGCCUUAGUGGCGACUUGCCUAGUCAUGGGCAGAAGGCGGAGCUCAGCGAUACCUUGAAGCGACUGUCGACCUUGAUGGCGCGCCUUGCUGAACACUCUUUGCGAUGGCGAAAUGUGAGCAUUGAUGGUACGCUGCUGGACUGCCUUCCGAUAGCUCGUGGACCGUUCCCUGCUCUCGAGUCUUUGAGGCUAGGCCGGGUAUCGUGGCGCGAUCAUAAUUUCUCGAAACCAUUCUUGAGCGCGAACAAACUGCGCUCCUUUGCAGGAGUCACAUUGUUCCCUCCAGGUAUAGGUAUCCCAUGGGCUCAGCUGCACGAUAUACGGCUCGAAGGUGGCAUCAACCCGAUUUUGGAAACCUUGGCCGUCUGCGACAAUCUCAAGGUAUGCACGAUCGCGAGGGUGAAUAAACGCUUCUCUGGAUACCCCCUACCGGAGCGCACGCCGGCACUCGAUAUUCACACCUUGCGCUUCGUACAAGCGCGCUCGCCCGAAGAGGGCAACCCGGACGCCCUCAGCAUGAUGUUCCAAGUCCUGCGCCUCCCCCACCUAGAGACCCUCGAGGUCCACACGAGCGAGAUACCCGGUAAACGCUUUCGCUGGUGUCCCGAUGAACUGGCGGACAUGCUCGGCGCGUCGCAGUGCUUGAUUACGCGCCUCGCGCUCACCGGCGUCUCAGUUACGCUGGACGAGCUCUGCGACCUCUCCUUCCACAUGCCGACGCUCGAGACGCUCAGCCUCGUUGAGUAUCGGCACGACGACAAGCGGCUCAUCGACGAGGACUUCUUCGCGCGCAUGGCGGAUGUCAAGUUCCCCAAGCUGCGCCACCUGGAGCUCGAUGGGCGCAUGCGCGUGCAGGACGACAAUGUCAUCCCGGCGAUGGUCGAGGCGCGCGCCCUGCGCGCGCGGCUGAUGCCACAGGCGUUCUGCGCGCUUGAAAGCUUCAGCAUCAUGCUCCGGCGGCGGUACGCUCUGCAUCGGCGUGCGCUGGUGCGCCUGCAUGCUGCGCUGCGAGACGGCUUCUUCGAACGGUGGGCUCCUCCGCCAUCUCUGUACCAGCGACCUGUGAUGUCGAAUCAUGAUCCUGUUGCGGUGGCGAGCACGGCACAGGCGCGGCGUGUGCGUCUGAUUGACGCGCUCGAGGACUUUAGCGCUACGGAUGAUGAAGAGGACAGUCAGGAAGUCGAGAUCGCGUAGGCAUGGCCAUGGGCUCAGGUCGCUAGAGCUUGCCAGCAUCACUCGUGUGUAAUAGGUGCAGAUCCAUCUUUGAUUAAGGACCUUCUCCCGGCUUGUUAUACACGGUAUACCCACCCUUGUUCCUUCCGCUAUACGCGUUGCUCGGACUUGCUACUGUUGUACCUGUAAUGUAAGAUUAGAUGGAUCUUCCUGGAAUAGUUGUUUGUGAUGGACU